CCGCUGUCUCCGUCGUCCUCCGCCUGCCGGCGGUAAGUUCAGUUGCUACCUGAAUUUUGUAUUGCUGAGUAUUACAUCACCGCUGUCAACAGAUGGGAAGGCCGCCGAGUAAUGGAGGUCCUUCUUUCCGUUUCAACCCUGCAGAGUGGUUGUAUCUGAUAACUUCCGCAGCAAGAUAUCAGAUCUGGUUGAAAACCUUGGUAAAUUUGUCAAAUGUUGCAGGUAGCUGAGAUGGAAGCUAUAUUGCAAGCUCAUAAUAUCACAAUGCCGGCCCGUGAAGUUCUUGUAGAUCUUGCUGAGAAGUUUAGUUCUUCAUCGGAGAGAUCUGGAAAAUUUGUGGUUCAAAUGAAACAAGUUUGGAACUGGUUCCAGAAUAGACGAUAUGCUAUUAGAGCAAAAACAGCUAAGAGUCCUGGUAGAUAUAUUGCCCAUCCAGUGCCUCCAAGUGAUCCAGCUGCAGUAAAGGCUCCUGCCAAAUUGAGUGCCUCACCUAUGCCUCACAGUGAUCCAGCUGCAGGAAGGAUUAUGCCCCAAGCCCCUCAACCCAUACCCACUCCUCAAGUUACAGUGAGAACAAUGCCCCAGGUACCUCAACCUCUGCCUGCUCCAUCAGUGGCAGUGCAAAGUGUGGGCAGGAGUGCUUCAGAUAACACUCAAAUGGAGUUCGAAGCUAAAUCUGCAAGAGAUGGUGCAUGGUAUGACGUAGCAAGCUUCCUGUCACAUAGAUCUGUGGAGAAUGGUGAUCCGGAAGUCUUGGUUCGGUUUGCGGGCUUUGGAGCAGAGGAGGAUGAAUGGGUAAAUGUACGUAUGCAUGUAAGACAGCGAUCUCUGCCUUGUGAAUCAUCGGAAUGUGUUGCAGUUCUCCCUGGCGAUCUGAUUCUUUGCUUCCAGGAAGGGAAAGAGCAGGCCCUGUACUAUGAUGCACAUGUCUUAGAUGCUCAAAGACGCAGACAUGAUGUGAGAGGUUGCCGUUGUCGGUUUCUGGUUCGUUACGACCAUGAUCAGUCUGAGGAAAUUGUUCCUCUGCGGAAGGUUUGUCGUCGGCCUGAAACUGAUUAUAGGUUGCAGCAACUAAAUGCUGAAUCUGUGAAGCAGCAGAAAAUAGGUAAUGACCCUACAACAGGCAAUACUAUGAAGGUUUACCCCCCAGCUGAUACACCACAGAAAGCCCAAACCGAAUCAAAGAUGAAACUAGCUGAACCAACACAAAAGCAGCCUGCACCGGAGUACACCAUCAAGCCAGAACCCAAUGUGUUUCCUAUGCCGCAAAAGCCUAGUACUGAUUCUCUAACAGGAAAUACUUUGGCGGAAACAACACCCAAGCUUAUGGAAGAAAUGGCGGAGAAGCCGGUAGCUGAAACAGCUGAGGCGCCUCAGGAAGAAAAAAUAGAGACGCCUCUGGCAGAAAUAACAAACAAAGCACCAGCAGAAGCACCAGAACAGCCUCCUGCCGAAACAACUCCUAAGCCUCUGGCCUAUUCUACAUCGAAGCCAGCUGAAGCAACAGAGGAGCUACCUGCUGAAACAACUCCUAAUCCUCUGUCUGCUUCUACAUCGAAGCCAGCUGAACCAACAGAGGAGACACCUGCUGAAACAACUCUUAAACCUCCAGCUGCAUCAACAUUGAAGCCAGAUGAAGCACCAGAGCAGCCUCCCGCUGAAACAACACCUGAACCUCCAGCUUCUUCAACGUCAAACUCAGUUGAAGCACCAAAGGAUCCUCCUGCUGAAACUACUUCCAUAGAGGAAACAACUCUUGAGCCUCCUGCUGAAACAACUCCUGAACCUCCGGCUGAUACAACAUCAAAGCCAGUCGAACAAUCAGAGGAGCCUCCUACUGAAGCAACUCUUGAGCCUCCAGCUGAUUCAACAUCAACUCCAGUCGAAGAAGCAUCAGAGGAGCAGCCCAAGGCCGAGGAGCAUGUUGAUGCUGGACCCCCCGCAGCAUCCACUGAUCAGGACAAUGCACAUGUAUAAGCAAACCCUUAUCGCCAAAAGUUAUAAACAUUACAAAUGUAGUCAAUGUUACCAAGUUAGGAUUCCUAAGGAAAGAGAAGCCCAGGGUUGGAGAAGCCAGGUAGAAACUUAUUUUCGCGCACCCCUAUUUCCCUUGUGCUGUGAAAAGCACAAGGGACUUUACUAGUGGCUCCGACAGAUCGAUCAGUCAUAGUCUUGUAGGAUAUUUAGAUCUUGACCUUCAACUUAAUACUCUCAUUCUUAUCUGUCUCUCCAUCAGAUGUUUUUUUAAUCGUACAACAUGAAUUUUACUUGUGUCGAUGCUACAGCUGCAGUUUUUAUUUUAUAUA